AUGCCGCGGCCGGGGAAAAGUUCGUACAGCGACCAAAAGCCUCCCUACUCUUACAUCUCGCUGACCGCGAUGGCCAUCCAGCACUCAGCGGAAAAGAUGCUGCCGCUGAGCGACAUCUAUAAGUUCAUCAUGGAACGCUUCCCCUACUACCGCGAGCACACGCAGCGCUGGCAGAACAGCCUGCGCCACAACCUCUCCUUCAACGACUGCUUCAUCAAGAUCCCGCGGCGGCCCGACCAGCCCGGCAAGGGCAGCUUCUGGGCACUGCAUCCCGACUGCGGCGACAUGUUCGAGAACGGCAGCUUUCUGCGGCGCCGCAAGCGCUUCAAGGUGCUGCGCGCGGACCACCCUCACCUGCAGGCUGGAAGCACCAAGGGCGCGCCGGGCGCUGGGCCCGGAGGGCACGUGCACCCCCACCACGCGCAUCACCCACACCAUCACCACCACGCCGCGGCGCACCAUCACCAUCAUCACCACCACCCGCCGCCGCCGCCUCCCCCGCCGCACAUGGUGCACUAUUUCCACCAGCAGCCGCCUCCCGCUCCGCAGCCGCCGCCGCCCCUCGCUUCUCCGGAGUACGGCGCCUUCGGGGUGCCGGUCAAGGCCUUGUGCCACUCGGCAAGCCAGAGCCUCCCCGCGGUGCCCGUGCCCAUCAAGCCGACUCCCGCGCUGCCUCCAGUGGCCGCGCUGCCGCCGACGCUCGCUGUCCCCGGGGCCACACCGCAGCCGCCGGCGCAGUCCACCGUGUGCCCGGCGGCCGCCGCCUCGCCCGCCGCCCCCCUGAUGGAGCCCACCGCCCCCGGCGCGGCCGAGACCAAAGGCGGCUCUCUGCACUCCGUGCUGGUGCGCUCUUAG